AUGUCAGUCCCUGAUGAUAUUGGAAAGUAUAAGAAAUCAAAUCAUCUAAUCCGGGACGAGAAAUCAUACGAUCGUGCAAAACUUGCAAACGAUCAUGUCAAGUUGUUUUCAACAAUAACCAAUGAACAGAAGGAUAUCUACAAUGAUAUAAUGGAUGCAGUUACAAGAGGUAUCGGUGGGAUGUUUUUUGUUUAUGGAUACGGUGGGACAGGUAAAACGUACCUAUGGAGGCUUUUAGGCGCUGCUCUUCGUUCUCAAGGAAAAAUAGUUCUCAAUGUUGCAUCAAGUGGCAUUGCAGCAUUGUUAUUAGAGGGAGGAAGCACAGCGCAUUCUCGGUUUGGAAUACCCAUGGUUGUGAACGAGUAUACAUUCUAUAAUGUGAGUUCUGGAUCACAUCAAGCAGAGUUGAUUGAAGCAGCCGAUCUUAUUAUAUGGGAUGAGGCUCCGAUGAUGAGCAUGCAUUGUUUUGAGACACUAGAUCGGACUAUGCGUGAUACAUUAAAGUGUGAUGAGGUAUUUGGUGGAAAGGUCGUUUUUUUGGGUGGUGACUUUCGACAAAUACUUCCCGUUAUUGUUGGAGGCAACAGCUCAGAGACUAUAUUGGCAACUGUGAAUUUGUCUCAUAUUUUGUCUGAUUGCAAAGUUCUGCAGCUAAAGACAAAUAUGAGACUGCUUCGUGGCGAUAAUGAUUUCAGUAAUCAAGAAAUUGAAGAAUUCGCCAAGUGGAUCUUGGAUAUUGGUGAUGGAAAACUAAAUAUUCAUGAUACCAUAGAAGAUGAAUUAGAAAUUCCAGCGGAUUUGCUGAUAAGCGGAGAAGGUGAUCCUAUGAAGAGAAUAGUCUCGAAGAUUUUUAUGGUCAAUCUUACACAACCACCUGUGAUCCAGUUUUUUUUCAGGAAAGGGCAAUACUCAGUCCACAGAAUCAGGAUGUCGACGUUAUCAAUGAAUUCAUGCUAUCAGAACUCAAAGGUCUUCGUUAUAUGA